AUGCGGCCUUCUUUUGUCGUGCUGCGACACCUCCUCUUUGCCAGCUUGACAGGCACAUCACGUGGCUUAUUAGGUGUUCAGAAUGAUAGGUCAGUUCUUGGUAUUAAUAAUGAGUUUUCAGGAGUUUGUUACACAUAUGUUUCGGUCUACCCAGUUCUUGCAGACGACCCCGAUUACAUCACCAUCACAAAGCCCUACCGAGGGUCAGUCACAGCCUUGUACACAGUACCACCUCAGGGCGAUGAACCAGGCGUUGUUAUCGUGGAACAACCAGGUGGCUCUUCAGCGCCAGAGAAUAUCGUCAUACCCGCAACUGACGAGCGAUCUUAUGUGAUUAUUAUAAGGCCUUAUCAGGGACCUGACCCAAUCUCAGCACCAAUUACUCAGGUUGUUCCACCGAGAAAUGGCCAGCCAGGACAAAUUAUUAUUGAAACACCAGAGACACAAGCGGCGGAUGAUGCUACUCCUGGUGUCUUGCAGCCGAUGACAUUAGAGCCUCAUGGAACGACCGGAUCUUAUGUCACCGUUAUUGAGCCUGCGGGUGUUUCUUUCACCGGAAAUGAUCCAAUUCGCAUCACGGUGGCUCCAAGUGGCGGUAGGCCUGGUACCGUCAUUAUACAAACACCAAUCCCAGGAACCUUGAUGCCUUUGGCUCUGGAAACACUCUACUUCAAUACUCUGGGACCCUUAGGACGUCUUAUAGGUAAAACAAUUACCCUCCAGCCUACGGAUGCUACUGGUUAUGUGACCAUCAUCGAACCUGCCGAGGGGAGCGUUCUACCGACAGCUCCAAUUCGUACUACAAUUCCUCCAACAGGUACCAAGCCCGGUACUGUUCUCAUCCAAACACCCCCUGAGGGUAAUGGAGGGCGAUCGGGAGGGGCUCAGGCUACCGGAGCAGCUGGCACAGCUUUUCCACCCUCGCGUACCCGUCCCGAAGGAUCAGUUUCGUACACUACCAUCACCCGAGGUGUACCGUUGGGGGUUGGUGGCUCAGACAGUGAUUCAGGCGACGGCUCAUCUGGCGACGCUGACGGUGGCUCAGCUGAGGGUCAGAAUGGAGCAGGAUCGAAUGGAGGAGAUGGUUCUGGAAAUGCUCAAGGCAGACCAGGCCAGGGACAAAAUGAUGCCGCCGGGCCACGAGAAACCAUUACCAUCCCUCCAGAGGGCGGAAACCCUGGUACUAUCCUUGUUUUGACCCCAGAAGAUUCGAGCAAUUCACGGACAGACAGCGGCGAAGACGCAGACGGAUUUCCAGUUGGAACUCAGCCCACUGGAAACAAUGGCGAUAGUGAUGACGAUAACACUCAGGCUAGCGCAGGAUCCAACAGUGGUAAUCAAGGUGGCUCCAGUGGUGGUUCAAACGAAAACGGAUCUGGAACAGGAUCCAAUAGUGGUGACACGUCUAGUCGACCUGGCCAAGGUGGUGGCUCCAGUGACGGAGACUCGGGAAGUGGCGAUAGCGGGGAGGUUCAAGGAAGUGUUCAAGGCAACGGUUCUGGUUCUGCAGGAGAUGACGAGGAAGGCGAUUCAGACAAUGCCGGCUCUUCAGGAUCCAAUGGCGGUAACAACUCAGGCAACGGCGGGUCUUCCAACUCUAAUGAAGACGAGACUUCAAGUGGUAGUGGCUCGGGAGGCUCUCAGGACGGAAGUCAAGGAGGUUCCGGAACCAAUAAUGGUCAAGGGGGAAGUGGCACUGGAUCUGGAAGUUCUUCGGGGAGUACCCAAAGCGCUUCCAACAACGACUCUGAUGGUAGUGAUAAGCCAAUUGGUGGUGGCACGCAGUCGGGAGAGAAUGGCUCGGAUGAUGACCCAGACUCAGAGGAUGGAAGUUCCGGGGGGAAGGGGACCUCAUCAGGCGGCAAUGGGUCAAAUGAUGAGGAUGACCCUGAUUUUGGGGGCUCUGGUGGAAAGAAUAACGGCGAACAGUCAAGCAGUGGUUCGAAAGGGGGCUCUAAGCCAGUCUCUGGUGGUACCGCAUCAAAUGGAAGCGGCAGCGAUGGAGAUCCCAACGACACAGGAGGAGAUGCAGAGAAUGCGCCCAGCAAAUCCUCUUCAAAACGAAAAUCGGCUACUGCUCAGAGCCAGUCAAAAACUCGGAAACCAGUUGUCACGACAUCGCCAGCUACUUACACCGUCACAUCAAGCAACACGGUGAUCACCAUCACCGCAGAUGUUGUCAAGACCCUCACCAACGAAGAAUCCAAGGCUACUCGUACAAAGACAAGCAAAUGGGACACCAGCACAGGAUGGGAGAGUGCCAAAAUGGGUAUGCACGCUUGGACUACAGAUGCCAAUGGAAAGACCAUCUGGUGGACUUCGAGCAACGCAGCUACGAAAGCUGCAACCUCUGCUGGUGCAGGCUAUAAGGGGGCUUCUACAUCGAGAGUUUCGUCAAGGACUUCCAGGACAACCCUGAUUGAAGUAGAACCUCAAGGUAAUGGAGGACGUCCAGGACCACCCGAGCUAGAACCCUCUACCACGUCGAGUACCCGUGCUCGCCCUGGUAGCAGCAGUUCGCCUUCUACACGUAGUAAGACUUCCACAGCAAGCAAUCCUGCUGGAUCAUCGAAUGACGAGACCACAAUUUUGGAACUCGGCCCAGUCGAAACAAAUCCCGCAGCAUCUAUUACUCAAAACUCCACAGAUUCCAGUGGAAGUGUUUCUCAGAAACCAUCGUCAACACGUCAAGGACAAGGAUCAGCCACUUCUAAGUCUACCGACUCGCAACAGUCUACAGACUCUGGUGCCACUACGUCAACACAGCGUUUCACAGCUCUACCACAAGGAUUAGGCACAGAAUCCACUGGUCUUAACACCGGCACAACAUCUCGAAGUACUCAGAGAAGUGCUGGAGCGAGUAGCUCAGUAUCUGUUGGGGAUGCCGGAUCUCAAUCAACCUCGGCAAACAACGAUAAUGGAAACGCAUCACAAGAUGAUGAGACUAGCACGCAGAGAUCUGCAACUGGAACCAGCUCUCAAUCUACUCGCGCUGGUGUAGUUGGUACUACGACAUCUUCAGGAUCGAGGGCAUCUGCCUCUAUAUCUGGAGGCGGCACUUCACCAAAUGCAAACACAAGAGCUGGCGGUGAAACAUUGAGUCAAAGCACUGCGACUGGUUCUUCAAGUCCUUCCAGCUCUACUACAACUGGUAACGCUGUAUCUGUGUCUGGUAGCGAAGUCACACAGUCUCAAUCGGCCAGUGGUUCUAGUUCUGGCACCUCAAGCGUGUCGCAAGCCACAAGUCGACGUACUACUACCUCGGCGGAGAGUGUCAAUAUAGAGACGCUUGUCGGCUCUCAAAGUGUGGCUGAGUCCGAUAGAGUACCGCAAGGCGAUGAGACUUCAUCAACUCUCCUGGCAGCAAGCGAAGCGAGCAGUGGUGUAGCAUCUGACGGCUCACCAACUACUUCGAGUCAGGUUUCGAGGACUGAUGCUGCUGGACAGUCGACUACCAUAGGAAGUGGAGUUUCUAGCUCUGCUUCCUCUGUAGGCCCUUCGACUACCCGUCAAAGCGACUCGAAGUCCACUGAAGCGGAUGGGGGACAGUCACGCACAAGCUUAGGCGUCACAGUCCUACCAGCUGGUGGUGUAGGAGGCUCAAUCACUCGCGAAGGAAGUUCAGGGAUUAGUGAUGCUCAGGAUGGUGAUGCUUCAUCUACAGUAUCUGCUUCUGAUGGAGAGGCUGUCACCGACGGAACGCCUGGCAGUGCCUCCUCGGGUGUUUCGCCGAGUAGUUCGGGACAAAGCUUAAUCAGCGGCGAUGGCUCUGCUGGGGAUACCUCGUCAGAAACAGCUGACGAUGGAACUUCUGCAACUGGAAGCCAGAGCUCUCAGAUCAGUACAGUCACGAGCACAGGAGCCUCUGGUAUUGCUUCUCAAACUGGCUCUUCAGAUGAAAAUGAAGAUGACGAGAGCGAAACUGAAACUUCCGCCUCAAGUGUGAUCGACGGCCAAGUAUCCGAGACAGAUGCCGGUGCCGAGAGCAACACCUCAGACCUCAGCGCUCCUACUGGUGCCGCAGAAUCAGGAUCUGGAUCUGAUUCAAACACCAACAAUGAUGAAGAAGCUAGCACUAUUGUAUCCGCUGGAGAUCCCCUCAUCGUCAUCACCGCCGACGUCGGCCAGACCACUGAAGCCUCAGACGGUGAAGCAGCAACCAUCACUGUCUUUAAAUCCGGUUCCGGCCCAGAGAGAACAACCCUAUACAUCCCUCCCCAGGCCUCUGGUGAUCCCUGGACUGUUGUCAUCGAGACCCCAGUUCCAGAGACACAGUCUGAAGCGGCAACUGCUCGCGGGGACGAUGAUGUACUAGUUACUGCUUCCGCCAUCGGUGGUAAUACCAACGUUACCAUAUUUAGGGCUGGUGCAAGCGGUGCGAGGAGGACAUUCUAUAUACCUCCUAAAGCAGCUGACCAACCUGGUACUAUCAUUAUUGAGACACCACGUAGCGCAGCUCCCACUGUUGCUGCCACUACUACAGCUGCUUCUAUUGACAACCCUACUUCUGCUGCAACAUCUGCAGUUGACGAUGACGAGGACACUGCCAGUAACACGUCCCUUGAAACCUCUGGAGUCAGGCCGAAUAUCACAGUCUAUAGUUCCGGCACUGCUUCAAGCAGGAUCACCGUUUACGUGCCACCCACGGCCUCAGAUGGACCAGGGUAUAUCAUCAUUGAGACUCCUGUAUCUGAUGAUGAUCCUGAAGAAACUGAUGGUGUUGAUAAUGGUGAGCCCACAGUUGGAUCUCCUGCUGGAAUUGCAAAUGUUACGAUCUUUACGUCGGGCACUGCAACGGCCAGACAGACUAUCUACCUACCUCCGGCUGCUUCGGGUGAGGCUGGUACCAUCAUUAUCGAGACUCCUGUCUCUCAAGUGGAUACCGAAACAACGGGAGAUGCCGACAUUGGUAGUCAGACUACAACUCUGGAGUCUGGCGUUAUACCCAACGUGACAGUCUUCAGCUCGGGCACUGCCUCUGUAAGAGUGACACUGUACAUCCCCCCUACAGCAUCUGGCGAGGCUGGGACUAUCAUCAUACAGACACCAGUCUCUGAUUCAGACUCCGGUAGCAUUACUGGGGACUCUGGAAACCAGGACCCAACCAGUGCCUCAGAUGCCAGGUCCGGCGUGACCAUCUUCACUCAGGGAACUGCAUCAACCAGAAUCACAAAGUACGUCUCGCCUACGGCUUCGGGAGAGCCUGGAACUUACAUCAUUGAAACACCUGCCUCCGAGUCUGGAGGUGAUGUCGACGUUUCAGCAGGUAUUACGAGUACUAUUCUACCCUCUGGGAUUAUCCCGAACGUCACCAUAUAUAGUGGCUUUGGAGGGUCUACCACCCGCACUAUCUAUAUCCCUCCCGCCGCUUCGGGCGAGGCUGGCACUGUCGUCAUUGAGACGCCUACACCUGAUCCAAAUGAUGAUGAUCCUACAAUCACAGGCACAGGUGCUGGUGGCCCGACUUCAGUUGUUACCUCUGGAGUGGUAAGCAAUGUGACUAUUUACAGUGGAGGACCUGCUUCUUCUACGACUACUCGCUUCAUUCCGGCUACUGUCUCGGGAGAACCAGGCACUGUGGUUAUUGAGACCCCAACAUCUGGAUCACAAGCCACGGGCAUAGGUAAUGUUACUAUUGUCACUGGUGGCCCCGCUACUGUCACUCAAACACGAUACAUACCCGCUACGGUAACUGACGAACCCGGAACGAUCGUUAUCGAGACCCCAACUUCAAGUGUCGACGAUGGAGGCAGUGGAAAUACCACUAUCUAUAGUGGCGUCUCAGCAGCUGGCACUCGCACAAUUUACAUACCCCCAACCGCAUCUGGCGAACCUGGAACCAUCAUCAUUGAAACACCUGCUGUGAGGGCUGAUAGUGACAGAGACAGUACUACUGUCUACUCUGGCGGUUCUGGUUCCGUAACUAGAACCAUUAUUGUUUCUGCGACCGCUACAGAUGAACCUGAUACUGUCAUCAUCGAGACUCCAACAUCUGGAUCAGGCCCUGCCAAUGUGACCAUCUACAGUGGAGUCUCAGCGACAGCUGCUACUACUCGGUUCAUCCCUGGUACGGCUUCAGGAGACUCUGGAACGCUGAUUAUAGAGACUCCAAUUGAUGUUUCACGAACCGGCGACCCAACUUAUGUGACUGUAUUCAGUGGUGGACCAGGCACAGCUGUUACAACUAUCUACCUGACACCAAGUGCAUCUGGCGAUUCAACCACCAUGAUCAUCCAAACACCUACGCAAGGAGUUGAUCAAGACACAGUUACAGAUGAUGGUGAGAGCAUUACCAGCUCAGAGACUGCCAGCCAACCAGCAGUUAUUUCUUCUGCUGGCAAUGUUACUAUCUUCAUCGGAGGCCCUGGAACAGUCAGAGAAACUGUCUUCGUACCACCCACUGCCUCUGGCGCACCAGGCACUGUCAUCAUCCAAACGCCUACCUCGGUUCCGGACUUUGAGGCAUCUGCAACAGCGGCUGUAACAGGCAACGUUACUAUCUACAGUGGCGGACCUGGCACAACCACAAGAACCGUAUAUAUCCCUGCGACCGUUUCGGGAGAAGUUGGAACUGUCGCUAUUGAGACACCAACUUCUGGCUCUGACGAUGAUGGAGACGAGUCCGCGUCGGAGACAUCAGAGGAAGCUUCUGGAACUACUAUUGAACCUACCAUGUCAGGAGGCAAUGUCACUAUCAUUAGCGGAGGCUCAGCCAGUGUAACGAGAACUGUAUACAUCCCACCUACAGCAUCUGGAGAACCAGGAACGGUCAUCAUUGAGACUCCCACUGGCGGCGCGGAAGAAGCCUCUACACUUGAGACUGGAACCAUAACAGUCGCGCCAGCUUUCUCGACUGUCAGUCCUGGCAACGUCACCAUUUACACCCUAGCUCCUGGAACAGCUGGAGGAACCUUUUACUUCCCUCCUGAUGAUCCAGAAGAGUCCGGCACAGUCAUCGUCGAGACUCUACCUGGUGAUGCUGAGGAGACGGGAGAUGAAUCCUCGGUCACGAGCACAGCUGCAGGUGGCCGAGCAAAUACAACAAUCUUCAGUGGUGGCCCAGUCACUGCACCUAGAACCUUGUACAUAUCAGCGACUGUUUCUGGAGAGCCGGACACUGUACUGGUUGAGACACCAGCCACUGGAUCACAAGCAGAGACUUCAGGUUUGGGUAGUGGCGAGACCAAUACUACUAUUUUCAGCGGUGUUUCAGGAACAGUUACCAGAACUGUAUUUAUUCCUGCCACUAUCUCUGGCGAGCCAGAUACUGUUCUGGUCGAAACACCAACUGGUGCUGCUGAGGACACAGGCUCUGUGACAGGUGCACCUACUGGUGUUUCUAAUGUCACGGUAUCACAGGGUGGUCCAGGGUCGGUUGCAACAACCAUUUACGUUGCUGGACAAUCAGGACAGCCUGGUACAGUCAUCAUCCAAACGCCCACGGAGUCUGUUGGCGACGAAGACCCGGCUCAGACGGGUACUGGUAUAGCAAACGUUACACUUUCCCAGGGGGGUCCAGGUUCCGUUGCGACAACUAUCUAUAUACCUGGUGUGUCCGGUCAGCCCGGCACAGUUAUCAUCCAGACACCAACUGUAUCAGCUGAUGAUGGAGAGCCUUCGGGGACUGGCGACAGCCAGAAUGAAAUCACUGUCACGAGUGGUGGGCCUGUGUCGGUCGCAACUACGAUCACUAUUCCUGGAGUUUCAGGCCAGCCAGAUACAGUUUUUGUCCAGACACCAACUGUAUCUAGAGAUGACAAGAACGAGGUUACUAUCACAAGCGGUGGCUCUGUAUCCGUUGCAACUACUAUUACGAUUCCCGGUAUCUCAGGCCAGCCAGAUACAGUUCUUAUCGAAACACCAACUGAUGCCGUUGAUGAAGAGGAGCCAACACAGACUGGCGACAGUCAGGAUGAGGUUACUAUAACAAGAGGCGGUCCUGUGUCAGUUGCAACGACAGUAACCAUCCAAGGCAUCUCAGGUCAACCCGGCACAGUUCUUAUUCAAACUCCAACAGAAUCAGCGGGUGGAGAGGCAUCGGAAACUAGCGACGGCCAAGAUGAUGUGACUCUCAUCAGCGGCGGUCCCGUAUCGGUCGCGACUACGAUCACCAUUCCCGGUGUAUCAGGUCAACCAGAUACCGUUCUCAUCAGAACCCCAACUAGGUCUGUGAAAGUUGAGGCAUCGACGACCGACGAUGGCCAAGAUGACUUUACCAUCACCAGAGGUGGCCCAGUGUCAGCAGCAACCACAAUCACAAUCCCUGGUCUGUCCGGACAACCAGACACGGUCGUCAUUGAGACACCGACAGCGAUCAGUGGUAGUCAGGAUGACGAGGUUACAAUCACGAGAGGCGGUCCUGCAACGGUUGAAACCACAAUCACUAUCCCCGGUCUUUCAGGACAGCCUGACACAGUUAUCAUUGAGACGCCUACUAGAUCAGCGGACGAGGGAACAUCGAGUGUCGAAAAUAGCCAAGACGACGUUACCAUCACAAGAGGUGGCCCAGUGUCAGUCGCAACUACAAUCACUAUCCCUGGCAUAUCAGGGCUACCAGAUACGGUCCUGGUUGAGACACCUACUGGCGCCUCGGAGACCCCCAUCAAUGCCCUGGCCAACGUUACUGUGUACAGCGGUGGCCCUGUGACUGCUACUCGCACCAUAUAUGUGCCCCCUGCAGCAACGAGUGAGGCUGGAACCGUCAUUAUCGAAACCCCGGAUGGCUCCACUGCUUCACCAACUGCAGACACUCCUGGAAAUAUCACAAUAUUCACUGGCAUUCCCGGCACAGCCACAAGAACAGUCUAUGUACCAGCGACAGUUUCAGGGGACCCGGGCACAGUCUACAUUCAGACUCCGACGGGAUCCAUUGACCCCUCUGCUACCGAAUCUAUUGUAAGCAACGUUACGAUAUAUAGUGGCGGCCCCGGAUCUGUUACUCAAACACUUUACAUUCCACCUACCGUGUCCGGUGAGGCGGGCACUAUUGUUAUCCAAACUCCUACUGGAGGUUCAGCCGAUGACGAAACAGAUACUGCCGGGAUCAUUGCUUCUACCACAGGAGUGGUUGUGUCUCCUCAGGGCAGACCAAACACUACUGUACAUGGUGGCGGUCCUGGUUCAGUUGCGACUACCAUAUACGUAUCGGCUACAGUUUCGGGCGAGCCAGAUAUAAUCUUCAUCCAGACCCCUACUGCAGGUCCGGAUGGUGAAGAGACUGGUACAGAGGCUAUAAGCAGUACAGCUACAAGCCCACUCAGUGUUGGCGAGUUGCAAAACAUUACAAUUACGAGUGGUGGUCCAGCCGGGACUAUUGUCAUCCAGACUCCUACAGGCACUAUCGCUGCUCCAGGAGCUAGCUCAAAUGUUACUAUCACCAGCGGUGGAUCUGGCUCAACCACCAGGACAGUUUACUUUCCACCCGCCUCAGAUGAUCCAGAUGGCGUUGGAACAAUCGUCAUCGAGACACCGACCUCGGGCCCUAAUGAGCCUGCGAACGUCACUCGUUACGUCGGAGGUCCUGCAUCAGUCACCACGACCAUCUAUAUCCCUCCUACUGCAUCAGGCGAGGGUGGCGUGGUAAUCAUUCAGACACCAACGUCAGGAACUGGCGAGACAACCUCAAGCACAGAGCUAUCAGCUGGUGGCCAGAACACUACCAUUUACAGCGGUGGACCUGGAACAGCUGCCACCACUAUCUACUACCCGCCUGCAUCAGACGACCCAGACAAGAUCGGUACAGUGGUGAUCCAGACCCCAACCGCUGGUUUGAGUGACCAGACAACAGCAUCAGCCACCUCGAGUGAGACCAUCGCCCAAGUUCAAAAUGUCACACGUACUGUGGGAGGUCCUGCAUCUGUCGCAACAACUAUUUACAUCCCUCCUACAGCAUCCGGCGAACCAGGCAUAGUGCUCAUCGAGACACCUACGUCCAGUCCUGUAGACAUCACUUCUGUGUCGAUCACAAGCUCUGAGUUGCCCAGUGGACUCCAGAAUGUCACUCGUUUCGUUGGUGGCCCUGCUUCGGUUACAACAACGAUUUACAUCCCUCCUGCAACGUCUGGUGAACCGGGUACGGUACUCAUCCAGACACCAACAAAUGGUCCUGGAAGUGAGGAGUCCUCCUCUACACCUAUCAGUGAAACUAUUACAGCAGCUGGUCCACCAACUGUGGUUCAGAACAUCACGCAAUAUGUCGGCGGUCCUGCUUCUAUCACGACAACCAUUUACAUUCCGCCUUCAGCAUCUGGCGAUCCUGGUGUAGUAAUUAUCCAAACACCCACGGCUGAGCCCACUAGCCAGAGAACCUCAUCUGUACCUGCUAGCGAGACUGUUACGACCAUCGAGUUGCCCAGCACAAUUCCGAAUGUCACUCGCUAUGUGGAAGGCCCUGCGUCGGUUACGACAACUAUCUACAUCCCUCCUGUCACGUCUGGUCAGCCUGGUACUGUUGUUAUCCAGACGCCAUCAGCUGCUGUCACCAGUAGUGCGGUUACAACAAGUGCUGAAGCUCAGAGCGCCAUCCAGAAUAUCACUCGCUUCGUCGGUGGCCCUGCAUCAAUCACCACGACCAUUUAUUUCCCACCUGCUGUAUCCGGAGACCCUGGCACAGUAGUUAUCCAGACCCCGACAGCUGCUUAUACUACCACAAGUGUUGAGUCUGCAAGUUCAAUUCAGAAUGUGACUCGCUAUGUUGGUGGUCCAGCUUCUGUGACGACGACUAUAUACAUUCCUCCCACGGCGUCUAACGAGCCCGGAACAGUGCUUAUCCAAACCCCAACUUCGGCUCCUGCAGAAACAACAACUGCAGCAGUUUCAAGCACGAGUGCGACACCUGUCGUAGUACAGAACGUGACUCGCUACAUUGAGGGCCCUGUAUCCAUUACGACGACUAUCUAUGUUCCUCCCGCCUCGUCCGGUGAGCCUGGGACAAUCCUCAUCCAAACGCCCAGCUCUGCUCCAGCAGCGACAUCUUCAGCAGGGACUACAUCAGCACCAGCUGUGGUACAGAAUGUCACAAUCUACGCUGGUGGAUCUGGUUCUGUUACUGUGACCAUGUAUAGGCCUCCAAUCUCAGAAGGUGGUACAGGAACAGUCCUUAUCGAAACACCGACUGCAAGUCCAGGUACUUCAACCUCGUCACCAGCGGGUGUUCCUAGCACGUCUAUGCCUAUUGUUGCAACCGCCAACGUCACCGUCUUCAUUGCUGCUGCCAGCACAGCUGCUACCGGUCGCACUCUUUACAACCCACCUACUGCGGCUGGUGAGCCAGGCACCAUCAUCAUUGAGACUCUCGUCGCGGUUCCACCAACCACAUCGAGCUCUGCUGUGGCACCAGUAGUAUCGAACUCCAGCUCUACGGUAGUUAUUCCACCUACAACAACUAGCGCGGCGGCAGUGGUCAUCUCUACUACGUCUAAUGCUCCCGUUGUGGUACCACCAACUACUACCAGCUCAGCACCAGUGGUUUUCCCUACUACAACUAGUUCAGCAGCAGUAGUUUUCCCUACUACUACUAGCUCUGCUGUAGUUAUUCUACCUACUACAACUAGCUCGGUAGCAGUGGUUAUCCCAACUACAUCUAGUGCCCCGGUUGUGGUACCAACUACAAGUUCAGCAGCUGUGAUUAUCCCUACUACGUCUAGUGCUCCCGUCGUGGUACUGCCAACUACAACCAGCUCAGCACCAGUAAUUGUUCCAACUACAAGUAGUUCAGCAGCAGUAGUUGUCCCAACUACUACCAGCUCUGCUGUAGUUGUUCUACCUACUACAUCUAGUGCACCCGUUGCAAUACCAACUACCAGCUCAGCAGCAGUGGUUGUCCCUACUACAACUAGUGCUGCUCCAGUAGUAAUCACCACGAGCAGUGCCGUUGUCAUCGUACCUACCACUAGCCAUGCUACAACUAGCACCAGCAUGAUGCCUCAAGCAGCCUUUGGUCCGACCUUUGACUGUAAUGGAUACGGCUUCGUCCUCUCAAGUCUGCUAUCCAAUACUCUCACACAAGUCAACCUCAUCACCGGAGAUCGAGUCACCAUCAAAUCAGGCGUGGGCCCUGGUGGUGCCAUCAACGGUAUUGGCUUCAACCCUGUCGACAACUACAUCUACGGGUUUGUCACGCAGCCACUUCUCAAGAAUCUCGUCUGCGGUCUCCUCGGCUGUCCACAGUCGCAACUCAUCCGUAUUGCCAAAAAUGGUAAUUACGAGGUGCUGCCGCUUAUUAUUGAGAGCAACUCGAUCAGCAUGGGUGAUGUCGACAACCAAGGACGCUUAUGGGUGUCUGAAGGUGGAGGAAAAUGGUGGUCGAUUGAUCUCAGACGCGGCGCCAACUUUGGAAAGCUUAUCAGUUCUGGCACGAGCAGUAUUGGUCUCAUUUCUGGAGUGGGUGAUUGGGCAUAUGUUCCAGGUGGAGGUGAUUAUCUCUACGCUGUACAGGCCUCAAUCAUAGAAUCCGGUCUUCUACGGACAAACAUUGUUCGAUGGUCCUUGACCACGCAAAAGUGGGAGCGAUACCAGACCUACCCCAACCUCCUACUAACGGCCCUCAACUUGAUCUGGGGAGCCGUUAUGGCAGCGCCUGAUGGGUCACUGUUCGCGCAGGAGAAUCUACUGGGUCAGACAUGGAAGUUUACCCUAGGAAGCACUGCCAACCCUACAUCUAUACAAGGCGGCGCUAUCUUGAACUUGUCUGGCGACGGCGCCAAAUGUGCAAGCGGAGCUCUUUGA